UCUUUUAUUUAUCGUCUCAUCUCUCUCCAUAAUUGCUUUGAUUUCUCUGCAAAAAAGUGUCUUUUUUUUUUUUUUUUCUUUCAUCUGAUAUUUUUUUCCUGAGCUUCACUUUGAUUAAAGUCUCUCUUUUUAUUUUAUUUUUGUGUGGUUACUAAUUGAGUCGGAGACUGUUCUGUAUUCUGUUUUCAAGAAACAUUUGGAGAGAUGUCAAGUCUGUGAGUGAGUUUAAGCUAAGGGGUUUAGUUUUAAAGUGUGUGUUUUUUUUUUUUCUGAUUUCUUGAGUUUUUUUUGGGGGUUUAUCUAGAAAAGAGUCGAUUUUUUGAUGGCGGUGGAGUAUCAAUGUUGCGACACAAACUUCUUUAUACAUAUAGCAGUGAUUGCGUUUCUUGUCUUGUUCGCUGGACUCAUGUCUGGUUUAACAUUGGGUCUUAUGUCUAUGAGUCUCGUUGAUCUUGAAGUUCUCGCUAAAUCCGGUACUCCCCAAUAUCGCCAAUACGCUGCAAAGAUAUUGCCAGUGGUAAAGAAUCAGCAUCUGUUGCUUGUCACUUUACUCAUAUGCAACGCAGCUGCUAUGGAGACGCUUCCUAUAUUUCUUGAUGGUCUUACGACGGCGUGGGGUGCCAUUUUGAUUUCAGUUACAUUGAUUCUUCUCUUUGGUGAGAUUAUACCACAGUCAAUCUGUUCACGUUAUGGUUUGGCGAUUGGUGCAACAGUGGCUCCGUUUGUCCGUGUUCUAGUCUUUAUCUGCUUACCAGUUGCAUGGCCAAUUAGUAAGCUGCUGGACUUUCUAUUGGGCCAUCGUCGUGCAGCACUUUUUCGAAGAGCUGAGCUGAAAACACUUGUGGAUUUUCAUGGAAAUGAGGCUGGAAAGGGUGGAGAGUUGACUCAUGAUGAAACGACAAUCAUUGCAGGAGCUCUUGAACUGUCUGAGAAAAUGGUCAAGGAUGCAAUGACACCAAUAUCAGAUAUCUUUGUGAUUGAUAUCAAUGCCAAACUAGACAGAGAUUUGAUGAACUUGAUUCUUGAGAAAGGGCAUAGCAGAGUUCCAGUAUACUAUGAGCAACCAACUAACAUCAUCGGCCUUGUUCUGGUAAAGAAUUUAUUGACCAUCAACCCAGAUGAAGAAAUACCUGUCAAGAAUGUCACAAUAAGAAGGAUCCCAAGAGUUCCAGAAAUCUUGCCUCUAUAUGACAUAUUGAACGAGUUCCAGAAAGGACUCAGCCACAUGGCUGUUGUUGUGAGACAGUGCGACAAAAUCCACCCAUUACCUUCUACAAAUGGGAGUGUUAAGGAAGUCCGAGUGGAUUUGGAUAGUGAGGGAACUCCUACUCCUCAGGAGAGAAUGUUAAGGACAAAAAGAUCGCUUCAGAAGUGGAAGAGCUUUCCUAAUCGAGCAAGUUCGUUUAAAGGAGGGUCAAAGUCCAAGAAGUGGUCAAAAGACAAUGAUGCAGACAUCUUGCAAUUGAAUGGCAAUCCGCUGCCUAAACUUGCUGAGGAAGAAGAAGCUGUCGGAAUCAUUACAAUGGAGGAUGUCAUUGAAGAACUUCUGCAGGAAGAGAUCUUUGACGAAACUGAUCACCAUUUUGAAGACUCCUGACAGACACACAGUGGAUGACCACUGAACUGGUUAUGAAUGUCGAUAACUUUGGUCUUUGUUUUCAACUUUCAUACUUUGUCACUUGUCCGGCGAAUGUUGUAUCAGUGUAGGCAUGAACAACAUCUUUUUCUAUGGUUUCAAAUGUUUUUUAUUUUUUUUAUUAUUUUUUAUCAUUAGUCUCUUAAGAGAGUUUACUC